AUGAUGAAGUUGAAGCCCAAUCAGACCAGGACAUAUGACGGCGAAGGUUUCAAAAGGAGAGCGGCAUGCCUGUGCUUCAAGAACGAACGGGAGGACGAGGUGUUACUGGUAAGCAGCAGUCGACACCCAGACCAGUGGAUCGUCCCAGGAGGUGGCAUGGAGCCUGAGGAGGAGCCGUGUGGAGCGGCAGUACGAGAGGUGUUUGAGGAGGCUGGAGUGAAGGGUAAACUGGAACGUUUGCUGGGAGUAUUUGAGCAGAACCAAGACAGGAAGCAUCGCACAUAUGUGUACGUGUUGACUGUGACUGAGACGCUGGAAGCAUGGGAGGACUCAGUCAACAUUGGCCGAAAGCGGGAGUGGUUUCCUGUGGAGGAGGCCAUUAGAGUUCUGCAGAGUCACAAACCCGUCCACGCCGAGUACCUUCGCAAACUCCGUCUCAACCGCUCCUCCACCAAUAACAGCAACUCCCUGCUCACAUCGCCACCGACCAACGACAACGCACCUCGCUACAACACGCCUCCAGCUUCCAUGCGGAGAUAG